AUGGAAGGAUUGACCCAACUGUUAAACCAGUCCGUCAUCAACGACACCACCACUGAAGAUCUGACCCAAUGCCAUGAAUCAGCAUCAACCCGCCUCUUCUUCAUUGCUGCCAACAGUCUGGUGUUUCUGGUGGGUUUUCUCCUCAAUGGCUUCAUCUUCAAGUUUUACCUCUGCCAGCGUCAGAAGUUGUCAAAAAUCAUGAUGAUCUACCUGAAGAAUCUGACAGCUGCAGACUUUCUGCUCAGCCUCUCUCUUCUUUUCUACAUCAUUGACUCGGCCAGCAGCUCCAUGACCAUCCGCCUGGCCUACUGCAACUUUGGAUCCGCCAUGUUCUACCUCAACAUGUAUGCGAGCAUGCUGUUCAUGGCUCACAUUGCUUAUAACAGAUAUCUAAAGAUCGUCCAUCCCUUAAAAACUCACAAACUGCAGACAGUGCGAGCGGCCUGCAUCAUCUCUACAGUAACAUGGGUUUUCUACAUGAGUGUGUUGGCCAUCUUUGUUUCUGUGUCACUUGUCACACAACGCAGGCCGGCAUCCAUCCCCAAUAGCUGUCUGUAUUUACACAGCACAAAGACUAGUGCAGUUCUCAAAAUGAUCCACAUCGGCAAAACGACUAACUUCCUCUGUGUCCUUGUCUUUAUGGUGUAUGUUUACUACCGUACCUCUCGUGAGGUGUCAGUGGCGCAGCAGAACCAGACUACAUCCCCCAACAGUAAGAAACUGGUCCAAUCACGCAGAAACAUGACAGUGCUGGUCAGUGUCUUCUGCGUUUGCUUCAUUCCCUAUCACGUAGUUCACCUUCCAUAUAUUUUCCUUGGGUGUUCACAGAGCCAGGUGUUCUAUUUCCUCAAGGAGUUAACCUUAGUAUUUUCAGCUCUCAACGUCUGCCUGGAUCCCUUCAUCUACUUCAUCUUCUGCAAGGACUUCAGGGAGCAGCUGAAAAACACAUUCUGCUUGCGAAAAGACAGCCCAGCACCCACUGUAGAGACAGGAAUCAGGCAGGGGCAGGUGUCAUGA